CACCGCAAAUUGAUGCCACGGCGCACUUAUUGAGAAGAAGACGGACCCUGUACCCAGAAGUCUACACCCGAAAAGGUGUAGUUUUGGACACAUCUGCUCCACAGUUCUUUUCCAUGUUUUGAAAUAUGUGUGAGGGUGACAGGAGCAAGAUGAAAUGGGAUGAGGGCGUCAUGAGUUACGUGCAGGGGAUACCGCACAGAUACUUGCCAUGUUGGGAGAAGCAGGAGUACAUAUACUUUGUGUUGCACCUUCCCAAAGAGCGCCACUGGGUGGCAGUUGAGGUGGAUAUCGAGAACUGGGAGAUCAUUGUAUAUGAUUCUGAUAUCGGUGCCACCGUUGAGGCAGCCAUGGAGUCAUAUUUGAAGCCUUACAGCGAGCUCUUUGCAAAUCUAAUUCGAGAUAGCGGUUAUUUCCAAUACAACAAUUAUGUACAUCCGGUGGAGUUGGGCGAUCUCAGUCAGCUCCUACCCCUCCAUUAUAGACGAGCUACCUCGGAGGUUGUACCACAAACGAAGAGCAGUGGCAAUUGUGGAAUGUAUGCCAUGGAGCACAUUGAGCACUUGAUGCUGGAUCGGUCGUUGGAGCAUGUGCAUGAUGAUAACAUGCUCACCUUUAGACAUAGGUGGUGUGUGGACCUAUUUUACCAGAACUUAACGUGGUAGUUUUUUGUAGGUUUUUGCAAUGUUAAUCUUGUACACAUAAACUCCCCUUUUGUAAUUGUAUUAUAAUCUCACCAAAAUUAUGUAUAACAAGUAAAUUUAAAGCUAUUUAAAUUGUUGCUUGUAUCAAUUUAUUUCUUUUUUAAAUUUUUGAUAAAUACUGUGAAAA